ACCUUGUGGUUAGCAUGGAUAGCUCCUCUGUUCCCCACUGUUGGGUCAGUGUAAGGGGAAUGAGCAUGUUUGGGUUUAAAUGAGGCGACGCCAACGCAGAGCCAGAUUUGUGAACGAACUGGAGCAAGCUGGACCCUUUGUUAGCUGCUGUUAACAUGAUUAGCUCGCGUUAGCAGCCAGGGGCCAGGCCACAUAGCUGUUAGCCUGAUAGCCAAUCACCGAGUGAGGAUGGAAGGAUGGUAAGCAGCCAGCCCAAGUACGACCUAAUCCAGGAGGUGGGGCGCGGCAGUUACGGUGUGGUCUAUGAAGCAGUAGUGAAGCGCUCGGGGGCCCGGGUGGCAGUGAAGAAGAUCCGCUGCCACUCUCCGGAGAAUGUGGAACUGGCCCUGAGGGAGUUCUGGGCGCUGAGCAGCAUUCAGAGCCAGCACCCCAACGUCAUCCACCUGGAGGAGUGUAUCCUGCAGCGGGACCAGCUGGCCCAGAGGAUGAACCACGGCUCCAGCUCGCCACUCUACCUUGAACUGGUGGAGACAUCUCUGAAGGGGGAGAUCACCUUUGACCCAUGCUGUGCCUACUACCUGUGGUUCGUCAUGGACUUCUGCGAUGGAGGGGACAUGAAUGCCUACCUGCUGUCCCGUAAGCCCAGCCGCAAGACCAACACCAGCUUUAUGCUGCAGCUGGGCAGCGCUUUGGCCUUCCUGCACCGCAACCAGAUCAUACACCGCGACCUCAAACCAGACAACAUCCUCAUCUCGCAGGCGUGCACACCCACCGGCUCCUCUGAGCCCACCCUCAAAGUGGCAGACUUCGGCCUCAGCAAAGUCUGCUCCGCCUCAGGGCUCAACCCUGAGGAGCCGGCCAGCGUCAACAAAUGCUUCCUGUCCACGGCGUGCGGGACGGACUUCUACAUGGCCCCGGAGGUCUGGGAAGGCCACUACACAGCCAAGGCUGACAUCUUUGCUCUAGGAGUAAUCUUCUGGGCCAUGGUAGAGCGCAUCACGUUUGUGGAUGUGGAGACCCAGAAGGAGCUGCUGGGAAGCUACGUGCAGCAGGGCUCAGAGAUCGUACCGCUGGGCGAGGCCCUGCUGGAGAACCCAAAGAUGGAGCUGCUGAUCCCGGCCAGGAAGAAAAGCAUGAACAGCCACAUGAAGCAGUUGAUCCGGGAGAUGCUGUCAGCCAACCCCCAGGAGCGGCCCGACGCCUUUGAACUGGAGCUCAGACUGGUCCGGAUUGCCUGCAGAGAGCUGGACUGGGACACGUGAUAAACGUGUGUAUGUGUGUAUGGCGUUAUAAACUCCUUCCAUCGA